CAGUGACGUCGCCGACGUAAAGGUCGUCAUCGCUCGACACAUGUAACAUUACUUUACCGGCUUUUCCGUGUCAUUAUCACCCUGCUAGAGGACCCGACUGUAACCCAGGCGUGUCUCUUCAAAGCACUGUUCAAACAGCUCACCGGGGUGGCCACAUUUUAAGGAACUAACCAGCUUCUGAUGAAGCUAGUUAGCAUUUCUAGCAUAGGUGACGGACUUUCAUCCUCUCUGCUGGCGGACGGAGGUUCAACUUUGACCAGUUUAGACCAGCCAGCCAGGUAGGCGGGUGGAGAUAACAGCAUAGCUGAACACAAGGAGCUUUGACAGGGACAGGUCAUGAGGAGCCUGCCGUACUUCUGCCGAGGGGAGGUCAUCCGAGGCUUCGGGAGGGGAAGCAAAGAGCUCGGUAUUCCCACAGCCAACUUCCCAGACUCGGUGGUGGACAAUCUUCCAGCAGAUAUCAGCACAGGGAUCUAUUAUGGCUGGGCCUGUGUCGGUAAUGGGGAUGUGUGCAAAAUGGUGAUGAGCAUUGGCUGGAACCCUUACUACAAAAAUACUAAGAAGUCCAUGGAGACUCAUGUGAUUCACCAAUUCAAAGAGGACUUUUAUGGAGAGAAUCUCAGUGUUGUUAUGGUGGGUUACAUCCGUCCAGAGAGGACCUACGACUCACUUGAGGCUCUCAUAGCUGCAAUCAAUAAUGACAUCGAGGAGGCCAAGGCGAAACUCGACCUGCCAGAACACAGCAAACUGAAAGAGGACAACUUCUUCACCAGUGCGGCCAGCUCCUCUUCAGUCUCACCCACAACCUCUGCAUCUACGUCACAAUCUAUCAUGAACGGUCACUGACAGCUGGCUGUGACAGCAGCGAAUGCACUCAGAGAACACAAGAACACAGGUUUCUAGACGCUUAAAAUGAUGAUUAUUAUUAUGUGCAGCCUUAUUCGUAGCUGCACAUAAUAAUAAUCAUAACCAGCCAAUCAGUUUAGCUGUAUUUUUUUAUUUUAGUGUUAUUAUUUUGAAUAACCGUUCACCUUUCUGUAUGUUUUUUUAUUUUUAUUUACACUACUGUAGAUGGCAUACCACUAAGUAGAUUCUGUAUAUACUCACACCAGACUGCUUCUUUGCAUCUCACUGGUCCUGCUGUAUGUUCAUAUAUUUAAUGCGAGGUAUAUCCCAGACAUAUUACACAUUUAUUUAAGGCAAUAAAAAUAAAUCCAGGCAAAUUUGUAGUGACGUGUAUGUAGCGAACAAUCCAAAAAGACUAAACACAUCAGAUCAUGAUGUCAAAAUUCCCAGCAUGCACCACUCUAGAAUAUAGACAACACCAUUUUGGCAGUAAAGCUGAAUCAGGUGAAAAGGAAGUUUCUGCACCGGUAAAUGGUAGAAACGAUGCCAGAUAGCUUUGUGUACUAGGAUGCCAGACUAUUAAAAAAAGUGGACCACGUAGAGCUUUUUAUCGGAUUGGUAAAGAUCCAGAGAGGCGAGAAACGUAUUUAUGCCAUAAAAUGUGACCAAGACAGCUGACACAAGAGAAGCUCUCACCGAAUCCAGCUGUGCAGUUGCAUUGGGCUCCAAGCACAUCACCAUCCUUUCUGACCACUAUCCAUGCCUUCAUAUGAGUGUCAUUUAGUCUUUGUGACUCACCUGAAAAAAAUAACACCGACUGUAUUGGUGUUGUGCCUUUCUUUAGCGCCUUUGUUAAUUAAAAUGAAUUUCAGUACUGAUAAAAUAAUCCUCUGCUGAAAGAGUCCAAAGCUGAAUGUUGAUCACAAAUCCAGUGCAUAACGUCCAUUUAUGCCCCUCAAGGCUUUUGUAAUUUUUAAGAGAAUCCCUGGAGUAGGAUGAAGGAAAGUUGAUCAGGUAGUUGUAGAUGUCGGGAUGUUGGAGGUCAGGCAGCUCUGUUGCAGUUUCAAUGCUUUUAAAAGUCCCCUUAGCUUUGUAAGGGUUGGUAAUAUUGAGUCUUUCAAGUUUAGCAACAUAGUUUUCUUAAUCUUUUGGGUGUAAAUCCGCUGAAAACUCGGACGCUCUGAAGUUCAUGGUUAUGCCAUGACUAUUGACGUGCACGAGGGGUUCUCUUUCCUGCCAAAAUGGCGCUGUAAACAAAACGGGUCAUGUGGGGUCCGGAGCUCUAUAUGAAGAUCAUGUAGAAAAACUUGAAUUAUAGAUGGUUCAUAGACUUUGCUGUUGAGUUUUUGUUUGCUUUUUUUUGUUUGUUUGCUUUCUCCCCAGCCUCAAACGGUCAAGACAGCUACAGCAUUAUUAUAACAAAAACAGAGGUCACAAAGUAAAAGAAUAUUAAGCAACAAGUAAGAACACGCUUUUUAAAAUGUUGCAGGAUACGGAGACACAAAUGUCCUGCCAUCGUGAACCUCUCUCAGGUUGAUAAAUUGUAGAUGAUCUGAAGGACACUAAGACUGAAUCCAAUCUUAAGUUUUUCUUUUUUUUUAUAUUGCAUUUAAUGUAAACUAUUGUUAAAUAAUUUGAAGAGGAGAAAAAUGACACAAAUCUUUCUACAGUACAAAUAAAAACUGAAUUAAUCCUUUAGUUUUCACAGGACACAAAUUUACUGAAGCAGACUGAAAAGUUCACUUACUUUGUUUCCAUAAAUGCAUUUGACUUAAUUUAAAAAAAAAAAAUGUACUGAGUUUUUCUGUUAAACACUGAAAAAAAUAUUAAAUAAUAUUUAUGUGGAAAAAAGAGAGAACCACAGAAAACGAUUUUCAUAUGGAUGGGCUUUUAAACUGUAUUAUACUGUAAUUUCCAAAUAAAAAUUUAACAGAGAUAAAAUGAAUUAAAAUAUUUUAGAGUAAAAUAUUUUACAGAACAGAUUUUUCUUCUUUUUCUGGUCAAUUUAAAUAAUUAAAUAUAAAGUUCUUGAGCAACAUAAACAUUGUGAUGCUCUACCGUGAAAAAUAAAAGAAAUAGCUGGUUGCAUAAUCCAAGACAGUUUCAAUCUCUUUGAUUAAGACAGAUCAACUACUCAAACUAAGAAAUAAAACACUUUAAGAAACCUUUAUGAAUGAAUAAGGGUAAAAAAAAAAAAAGUAAAACAAAAUGAUUCUGAUUAUCUUUCUUGCAGGGGCUCAGACAAGGAUCCAGUCGGAAAAUGACUUCUGUUGUGUCUUGUGAAAAGCAGGUCAAGGACCCGAGGCCAUCACCAAAUAUUUAACUAUUCCUUCAACAGUUUGUAACAAGAUGAUAUCAUGAUGGCACAGUCAUUAAAACUCUUAAGAUUCAUCGAGACCUUAACAUUAAGAAGUAACAAAAUAGUCUGGAUAGGCUUUCACCGAGGCUUUUGUGUUGCAGCACCACAGAUGAUUUAGUGUUACCUAAAGACUUCUACGGAGUAAAAAUAUCACAUUCAGAACGGGAUGAAAGAACGUGGGCAAUCAGUACUGAACAGGUCUGAAUGAAAUCUUACGAAAGACUUCAUAAAUAUGUAAAAGCUGGUGAAUACAUUUUCAAGCUUCAUAAAUAGACCAGUUUCCACCUCAAAAUCCUUUAAAAAAAAAAAAGGACACUAUAGAUUUUUUAUUUUAUAUUUUGUUGAAAAAUAUUUUUUGAAGGGAACCAUUGCAGGUUAAUUGAGUAGAUUUCUGCAUGUAUGUUUGCAUGAACAGUGCACGUGUAAUUUAUGAUCCUUGGUAUGAAAAGCCGAACUAAUAUCACCAGGACUGUUUGACGCUUGUAACACAGAUUGUAAACCAACUUUAUUAAGAAAAAACCAUCUACAGAAAUUUUUGUGUGAAAUGAGUACAAAAAAAGUUAUUUUCCAAAGAUUGAGAAGCACAGAUCAGUAUUUCAAGAUCGUUUGUCAUUGAGCCAGCGUCCCGACAAAACAAAAUUUCAUUCAAGUACAGCCCGUCCAAAGGAAACAAACA